AUGCUUCAGUUUGGGGAUGCUGCUGCUAUGCCACUUCCCCACAACGAUAUCCUAACAUCUUCCGAGUCGUCGUCGAGUCGUCGUCAUUACACCCCCCAGAACUCCUCCCGGCCUCGCAAACACGGCCCUUCCAACCCUACGGGCGGUGUGCUCGCUACUGCCAGCGGGAACGGGUCUGUGACCGGUCUUGCCCCGGGCCUGAAAGUCGUGGAGGGAGACUCCUCGAAUACCGACUCGAUUGACUCCAACCGACGACUAUCGCUUCAAUCUACAACCCCUUCUACCUCUACUGCCGCUACCGCUACUACUACUACCGUCGCAACCGCCUUGGACAUGUCCACCGUCGCUAACGGUGGCCCCGCGGACCGUGACGGGAGGGUGGUUGUUGGCAUGGAUUCAGGGGCCGUAAAGGGCUCGACGACUUCAUCACCGGACAACUCGUAUUUCCUUAAUGGGCCGGCGGUGGAAGGUUGGCCCAACAGCAGCAGCAGCAACAACAACAACAACAACAACAGCGAUCCGAAUGGCAUACAAUCCAACUCGGCAACGAAUGGCUCCUCUUCCUCGGCUGCCUCUCCUAAUAGCACCGUGAGCCUUGUUGCUCCCAAGACGACGGACCAUCUAUCCGCUCCCAAUUCGCAACCCAACCCCUCCCGCUUCUCCUCGCCUCUGCCCCUAUCCGCCUCGUCCGGUGCCCACGCGGGCCAGCCACAGCAACCACCCUCUGGUUCAAACUUGCGGCAUCGACACACGCUGCAAGUCCCCAAGGCUUAUAGCGGUCGUAAUUCCACUCCCGGAGGCGUGUCUGAUGCUGCUGCUGCCAGUGGCCGCUUCUCCCCUCCCACCACCACCACCACCACCACCACCGGUGCUCCCCGUCGUGCUUCCAUCUCCCUGGGCAGGAGGGCUACCAGGUCGGCCAAUUCCGAUAUGCAUAUCGACGAGAUACCCCAGGACGAGGAUGCCGCGCGCUGGGCCGAGGCUAUCAGGGCAAAGAGGGCGAGCAAGCGGCGGAGGCAGGAGGAGGAUGAGGAGGAUGAUAAGGUUGUGGUCGGGACCAAGGUUGACCACAACCACGUGAACUGGGUAACGGCAUAUAAUAUGCUUACUGGUAUUCGUUUCGUGGUGUCGAGGGUUAAUGCCAAGAUGGAUAAACCCUUGACGGAUGCUGAUUUCGAUGCCAAACACAAGUUCUCGUUUGAUAUGUGGGUCUUUGCCCGUUUGGCCUUGCUUUGUUUCAUGGGACUUGCAUGGCUGACUGACUGACUGCUGCAGAACUGGCAAUGAACUUACCCCCUCGGCCAAGUAUGACUUCAAGUUUAAGGAUUACUCACCCUGGGUGUUUCGACAUUUGCGGACAAAGUUUGGCCUUGAUCCGGCUGAUUAUUUGAUGUCGCUGACGAGCAAGUAUAUAUUAUCGGAAUUGGGGUCGCCCGGAAAGAGCGGUAGUUUCUUUUACUUUUCCAGGGAUUACAAGUACAUCAUCAAGACGAUUCACCAUGGCGAGCAUCUAUUUCUUCGAAAGAUACUGCGGGAUUACUGGAAGCAUGUGGAGGAUAACCCCGACACACUGAUAUCACAGUUUUACGGUUUGCAUCGCGUCAAGACGCCCUUUGGCCGCAAGAUUCACUUUGUCGUCAUGAACAAUCUUUUCCCCCCGCACCGAGAUAUCCACCAGACGUUUGACCUCAAGGGUUCGACCAUUGGAAGGGAUUACAAGGAGGAGAACCUAGUGAAUAAUCCGAGGGCCACCCUGAAGGAUCUCAAUUGGCUUCGCAGGGACAUGAAUUUGAACUUUGGACCCCACAAGAAGGAGCUGUUCUUGCAGCAGGUGGAGAGAGAUGUCAAACUGUUACAGAAGCUUCACAUCAUGGACUACUCUUUGCUGUUGGGCAUUCACGAUCUGACUAGGGGGAACCGGGAUGAUAUUCGGAACAACGCUUUGAAGGUGUUUCAACCCGGCGGCAGUGAGAACGACGAGUUGCACGGGCACAUGCUUCAGAGGACGCCUAGCAAGAUGGAGAAGGCCCGCCAGGCAAGGGAGCUGCGGAAGAUUAUCAACAAGGAGGUGCCGGUAUCGCUGGAUCAAACAUCGAAUCGUCUGCCGGACGAGUUUUUGGAGUAUGUUAUCCGGUCUGGCUGGUUUUGGGAAAAGGGGGUGUGUGUUGACUAUUUUAUAGGCAAAGGAAGACUGCGUUUUAUGGGGACGACGGUGGAUUCCGGGCUACUUGUGAGAAUGACCAGCCUGGCGACGUUAUUUACUAUCUCGGUAUCAUUGAUUGCCUUACUCAUGUUGGUUCUACCCGGUCUAAUUGGUGCGUAUGGCUGCUAACGCGUCAAUGAUCAGUAUGGGUUUGCAAAGAAGGCGGAGCAUUUCUGGAGGGGAUUGUCGAAUCCCAAGGAUCAAGUUUCCGCGAUUCCACCUCAGAGCUAUGGGGAUCGGUUUUUCAAAUUUAUAUCGGGGCUGGUCAAAUCUCCGGAGGCGGCGGCGAGGGAUCGGGAAAUGCGCGAGAAGGAGAACGCGGAAGCGGUUCCCGUGCAACUGGGGGAUGGAGUGGUAGAUAGAGCGCGCAACCAGGCGGAAGGGACGGGUGCGAGUGAGGCGGAUCAGCCCGCAAGGACUCUUGGUACCACUAGGUCGCCUUCGGCCGAGAGGACGGGUGGGGCGGCUGGAGCUGUGCUGCCGGUUGUUGAGGAGGCUGGUGAGGGAGGCAGCACAGGGGCACGAAGUCGUAGUCGGAAUGGAAGUGUGAGCGAUGGUGGCCGACAUUCCGGCUAUUUCGACAGCGUAACGGACCGAAGGCCCUCUCGGGAGAUUGCGUCGUCAUCAUCCCCUGUCGCGUCGGGGAAGCCACCACCGCAGCUGGAUAAUGGGACAGCAUUGCACCAGCCCCUGAACCUACAGACGGGUUCAAUCGUUCAGAAGCACGAGCAGGAUGAUUUCGCUAUAAGGGUUGCCAGGGUAUCCUCUUGA